CCUCCCUGGGAAGAGGCGCAUUCUUCUCUCUGCUCUCUGAGCUUUCUGUUGCUUCCCUGCCCAUCUGUGCUCUCAGCAGCACCAGCAAAGUUGGCCUCAAACUUGAACAAAGCUGCAGGCUCCAGCGUCUUUCUGGGAGCUCCGCGGGGGCAGCAGGCAGGCCCCAGCCUCUGAACUCAGCUGGCUUGAGAAGCCCAGCCCAACCCUUCCAGCACCCAGCCGGCCCUCCGUCCCCCGAAGGACGCCCCCGACCUGGAGGCUCUCAGUCUGGGCUGGGGAAUGGUGCGCUGAGGUCCCUCCAGAGCCCCUUGUCCCAGCCUGGAGCUGCAGCCACGCAAGGCCCAGGCCCCCAUGGCCAACCCGGUGCAGUCUGACUUUCCUUCAGCACAGGAGCCAGGUUCCACCGCACCCCUGGACCUGCUGGAGAUGGAUAAACUCCUCACCAAGGCAGAGAACAAGGAUGACAAGACUCUGAAUCUGUCCAAGACCCUCUUGGGGCCUCCGGAUCUGGAGCAGAAUGGCCAUGGCUUGCCCUUCAAGGCCAUCUCCGAGGGGCACCUGGAGGCCCCACUGCCUCGGUCCCCCUCCUGUGCCAGCUCAAGGAGGGCAUCCUCCAUCGCCACCGCCUCCUAUGCCCAAGACCAAGAAGCCCCCCGAGAUUACCUCAUCCUGGCCGUCGUCGCCUGCUUCUGCCCCGUCUGGCCCCUCAACCUCAUCCCCCUCAUCAUUUCCAUCAUGGAGCUGUCCUCUGAGAAAGCUCCUAUUUCUUCGGACAACUCUGUCUACUUCAGUGAGGCUCGGUCUCCCACGAGGGAAGCCUUCCCCAUCCCACCAAAGCCAGUACUACCUUUCAGGACAUCAGGGGCGCUGGCGGCUUUCCUGAGUCCGAGGGACUUGGCAUGGGCUCUGGAAGCAGGGCCGGGCAGGGGCCUCUCGGGCAGCUCUCUGUGA